AUGUCAGAGAGUAUUCCGCAACUAGAGGAGGCUACCGCUCCUUCGGCUCAUCCUCAUAUACUACUAGGGUUCGUAUUACUGUGGAUGGUGGCCGAAGCGAUCGCCUAUGCAUGGUACCGUCGCCGCCUCGCACUACGUAAUGCUACACCCGCUGUGGUCCCUGUGGUAUCUAGUGAACAGCGAGACUUCGUAUUUGAUAAUGUGCUCGAUCUUGGGAAGUACUAUCCAGAUGGAGUGUGGAGACUACUAAAGGGAUGGUUUCACCCAAGCUUGGCACAGCAAGACCUUCGACAAGAUAACCUCAACGAGAUGUUGGCAUGGGCUUUCUGUUACAAGGAUACUGCUGACUUGACCUCUUCGGAAUGGCAGUGGGUAGAGAAGGCUAAGGCGAUGAUUAACGAUAGGUAUGGGUAUAGUCCGAAGCCUGGCAGAGCUGACGUGACAACUGUACGUAACACUCUAGACCCCAUAGUGUCCAACUACCAUCCAUUGUCCUUCUAUUGUGGGGUGGUCCUAGCCAAGGCGUUUGGUGCUGUCGUACUGCGUCUUAGAGGAUAUCAUCAUUAUAGUAGUGGUAGAGUGUGGUAUUGGUAUCGUUCUCGCCCGGCCUUGGAAGAGACCCUUGUGGACCAGGGUGAGAGCUCGGAAGAGGUUUUCGUCUUCUUCCAUGGUAUUGGUAUCGGCCUAGUGACGUAUCUUACGAUGAUAUUCAAGUUAAAGCAGAAGACACAGUUCCUAUUCGAAAUGCCGUGGAUAUCUAUGAACCCUUUAGCAGAGGUAGUUCCUGAUGACGAGUAUGCUAUUGAUGUGAGAAGGGCCCUGAAGGACCAAGGUGUCACCAAUACUCAGAGGCUAUGCUUGGCAGGGCAUUCCUUUGGUAGCUUGCCUGUGGUAUGGCUCAAACGGCAUUGCCCUGACGUCUUUAACCGUAGUAGAGUAGUACUGAUGGACCCUGUUUGUAUCUAUCUCAACUUGCCCGAUGUUUGUCUCAACUUCCUCUAUCGUAAGCCUCGUCGCCUCUUUAUGAGGUUCCUACGCUAUAUUGCAUCGGAGGAGCUGGGGAUAGCAUGCUGUCUUCACAGAGACUUCUUCUGGAUGCAAUCUGUCAUUUUCCCGCAAGAGCUACCUCAAGGCUCGACUGUUUUCCUCUCUGAAUACGACCAUUUUUUGUGGAGGAUGCCCUUUGCUAUGAGCCCACCUCGAAGACGUGUGACCAUCGACAGUAACAGUAGCGAGUCCUCUACAGCGGCAUCCUCCAAGACUGAGGUACUCCCCUAUGAAAUCCUUCUCUUACGGGGUGUUAACAGAAGUCCCCGUGAGGUGUGUGGUCAAGGAGCACAGAAGAAGCGUCGGCAAAUACAAAUACACCGUAUAUUCCGAGCCCUAGCUACAGAGCCUACCAUAGACCUUUAUGAGCUACAAGUGUUGGCCCACUCCCCUAUGGGGUUUGUCAAUUCGGGAAUACGCCGCAGUGUAUGGUCGGCUCUGCUAGGGAUAUCGAAUGGUGGCGAGUCGAGGGGCCAGGAGGAGGAGGAGGCCGAGAUACUCUCCUUACAAGAGGUGGAGAAGUCCUAUCCGAUAAUCAAUACCAGACGUUGCAGCGCUAUGUUGGAGAACCUCUGUCUGUUCUACUUAUCCGAUUUGUGCUUCUAUCCUUUCCAACAUGCUCUUCUUCCUGGUCUAGACCUGUCCUUUGCCCUCUUGGAGGCCCUUGACCCUGAGCUGUAUCAUGCCCUCGUCGCAGCUGAUAUCGAAUCCCCUCACUUUGCUGUCCCAUGGGUCCUCACCUUGAUGACGCAUAAUCUGCCGACAUUGGAGAUGUCCCAGAGGUUGAUGGACUCGUUGUUGGUCAGCCACCCUGCGAUUAUCUACUACUACGUCCCUUGCCUCCUUAUCAUGCAUCGUGAUGAUAUACUCCAUGUGGAGCCCUUUGACAUGCCACACCUUCAUCAGUUCUGCCAAAAUCUGCCGUCAACUUUGGAUAUGCCUUCUCUAGAGCGGCUGAUAGGGAUGGUGUGGUUGUGUGUGAGGGAGGUGUUCCCCUUGGCGAAGCUAUUGAGGUUGAAGGCGGCCCGACGCAUGCCCCGUGGGAGCAGUAUCCAUAGCAAGAGGCUACUGUGUCAAAUGGGCGAUGGUAGGGAGAGGGCCAUUGCUGUGGAGAGAAGGGCUAAGGAGCUCAUCAAGGAUCAGCGGAGGUUUGUAAGCCUCUUCUCUGGAGGUAAGCGCCUCAAGUGUUUCGGCUAUGCUACAGAUGUCACAAAAGUCCUCUCGGUCACUGCGGGUUGCUUUGGAGCUAUGAUGUCGGAAGCCCCAUCAUCACGGACGACAUCGGUAAGCGAUGAUAGUAGUGAGGAGGAAGAAGGCUCUUUUGGGGAUGUAUUUGAUGCCUUGGAUAAACGUUGUCGGGAAGUACCUCUUCUUUGUAAACUUUCGGAUCUACUAGAUGUCGAGCCGGGCCUGAUAACCUCAGUCAUGAUAGCAAUGAUGGGUGGAGGGCUACUUGUGGGUUGGGGUGCCUUUAUGAUAAGUACAGCCGUGGCGGUAGUGAACCCUGCAAGGGGCAGUAUGAGGGCCAUAAGGGAUUAUCACGCAGAUCCCGAACAUGGGGCCAAGCAGCUCGAGCGGUGGCUACAAUACUGGGUGUGUCUCGGAGGCAUUAUAUUGGUGGAGUCGAUAAGCCUGAGUACUCUACUAUUUCACUUCCCUCUGUGGUACAUAGCAAAGGUGGCCCUCGUGCUCUACCUGCAGAUGGAGAAGUGCCCGGGCCGGUUAGUGUUGUUUGAGUGGAUGAGGGACAUUAUGGGUGGUAGCAGCGUUGAGAUGAACUCCGUCACAGCAGUGGCUACAGCCAGACAGUCGUGUAGUACCGAACGAACUCCAUCGUCAGAGUAGUUUCA